CGAGCGACGCCCAGACGACCCCCACGGGAGCCGCCCCGAGCCCGCCAUGCUGCGCCCCUUCCCGGGACUGCUCCUGCUGCUCUGGCCGCUGCUGCUGCUGCCGCCGCCCGCUGCUCCCGGCCUCCCGGCGCGCCCCGGCUUCUGGAGGCUGGUGCCCCGCGGCCCAUUGGGCAGCCCCGGGCGCCGCUCCGCUCCGGCCGCCCCCUCCGGCGCGCCGACUCUGGGGCCCGGUCAGCCCGGCGGGGCGCGCGGCGCAGGUGUUUGCAAGAGCAGGCCGUUGGACUUGGUUUUUAUCAUCGACAGUUCUCGAAGCGUCAGGCCCCUGGAGUUCACCAAGGUGAAAACAUUUGUCUCCCAGAUAAUCGACACUCUGGACAUUGGGCCGGCGGACACGCGAGUGGCAGUGGUGAACUAUGCUAGCACCGUGAAGAUCGAGUUCCAUCUCAACACCCACUCGGAUAAGCAGUCCUUGAAACAGGCUGUGGCUCGAAUCACACCCUUGUCUACAGGCACCAUGUCGGGCCUGGCCAUCCAGACAGCGAUGGAUGAAGCCUUCACAGUGGAGGCGGGAGCUCGGGUGCCCAGCUACAACAUCCCGAAGGUGGCCAUCAUCGUGACAGACGGGAGGCCCCAGGACCAGGUGAAUGAGGUGGCGGCUCGGGCCCGGGCGUCCGGUAUUGAGCUCUACGCCGUGGGCGUGGACCGGGCAGACAUGGAGUCCCUCAAGGUCAUUGCCAGUGAACCCCUGGACGAGCACGUCUUCUACGUGGAGACCUAUGGGGUCAUUGAGAAACUUUCCUCUAGAUUCCAGGAAACCUUUUGCGCUCCGGACCCGUGCAUGCUUGGCACACACCAGUGCCAGCAUGUAUGUGUGAGUGACGGGGAAGGCAAGCACCAUUGCGAGUGCAGCCAGGGCUAUUCCCUGAAUGCCGAUGGGAAGACGUGUUCAGCUAUCGAUAAGUGUGCUCUGAACACUCAUGGAUGUGAACACAUCUGUGUGAACGAGAGAACUGGCUCCUAUCAUUGUGAGUGCUACGAGGGUUAUACCUUAAAUGAAGACAGGAAAACUUGUUCAGCUCAAGAUCAAUGUGCUUUUGGUACACACGGCUGUCAACACAUUUGUGUGAAUGACAGACCUGGGUCCCAUCACUGUGAAUGCUAUCAGGGCUACACUCUGAAUGAAGAUAAUAAAACGUGUUCAGUUCGUAACAGGUGCGCUCUGGGCACUCACGGCUGCCAGCACCUGUGUGUGAGUGACGGGGCAGCGUCCUACCACUGCGAAUGUUACCCAGGCUUCACCUUGAAUGAGGACAAGAAGACGUGUUCAGCCAUUGAAGAAGCGCGAAGACUCAUCUCCACAGAAACAGCUUGUGGGUGUGAAGCCACACUGGCAUUCCAGGAUAAGGUCAGCUCCUAUCUGCAGAGGCUGAACACCAAACUUGAUGACAUUUUGGAGAAGCUGCAAGCAAAUGAAUACGGACAAAUACAUCGUUAAAUUGCUCAAUUUUUUCACCUGGAAAUAUGGAGAGCUUGGUGUAUUUAAUACUUUUGCAUACUCCAAUGUUCCUGCUAAUAAUUUGCCAAUACAAAUGCCUGAAUAUUACUGGAUAAGUAGUAUGAGGAUCUUCUGGAGAAUCAGCACCAUUUUUCUAAGGAAAUAAAUGUCCAGAUCCUUAUUAAGAACAAACUUUAGUGUCUCUAAGCUCUGACUGUGAAAUGGUUGGUAGAAAUAGAAUGAGAAGUAUAAUGUUUCUUUCCUUCUUUACUAAUUGAGCCAUUUAAUUUUUAAAUGUUCAUAUUAGUAAGAUAACCCUACUUACAAUGGGAACUUUUGAUCUAUUUUCUUUUGAUAGUAUUUAUAGAAUAAACCAGUCUUAUUACUGAGAGUGUAAAUUAUACAAAGUAUUUACACAUACAAAAAUUCAUAUAAUUAAACUGAGAUGAAUAUCAUUUAGAAAUGUUUGCUUAACAUUUUUGUUUUUUUACUAGAGUAUUAUUGAAGCUGUGAUCAGGGGUUGUAAUACACAUAUCUAAAAAUAGUGAAUACAGAUCAAGUGAACAUUACAUUGCCAUUUUUAAUUCAUUUUGAUGUUACAAAGAAAAACACAACUAAAGACUUUAGUUGUGAAUUAAGAGUGUUAUAACCUUUUACAAAGGACAAAAAAGCCUAAAUUGACUUUAUUGUUUUACUUUAAGAUCCUAUCAAUAAAAUUAUAUAUUUAUAAAUAUUGCUGUAACAAGUGACAAAACCUAAUGUUGUCUUUUGAAAUGUUAGUGAUAAGCCUAACCUUUUUUCACUUAUAUAUAUGAUACACAUAAUUUUUUUGAGCUUUAAAGCCUAUAACUUUUAGAAGAAAAUAGUCCUUUAAAUUGUGUACUAGUCAAUUCUUUUGGUUUGUAUGGUCUUUAGUAUAAUAAAAAAGUUAAUAUCUUUACA